GUGGUAAACAGAGAGAAAAACAGAUCCAGACUGACAGAACGUAUAGUGUGUGCUGUAAGAGCUACACAGCCUAUCCCAAAAGACUCGUCAUACUGGAAAUCUCAAACACUGGAGGCCAAACACAGCAUGACUGCACAGCGGCUCGACACUCAGCAGUUCACAACAACUGUGUGACGGGACAGAGCGCUCAAAACUUUAAACAAGUUCAUGUGAGCAGUGUUAAACUGGACUAGUGCUACAAACUGGAAGCGAGCAUUUUUGUGUAUUUGAACCCUUUCCAACAAUGAUCUCGGAUUUUGAGAUUUGUCUUUUUCACACUGAGGACAACUGAGAGACUCGUAUACAACUAUUACAGAAGAUUCAAAUGCUCACUGAUGCUUCAGAAGGAAACACCAUGCAAAAAAGUCGGAGAGGUGAAAACAUUUAGAAUUUGAAGAUCAGGUUGUCCUCAGUGUGAAAAGAUGGAUCUCAAAAUUAUACAGUCAUUGUUGGAAAGGGUUCAAAUACACAAAAAUGCUUAAAAACCAAAGAAUUUGUGGGACCUGAAGGAUUUUUCUGAAGAACAGCGGAAUAUUUUAAGUGUUCAGGACAAACAAGGGACACACACACAGCUGUGGAUCAUUCAGACCAACGUUCUGCAGUCAGAAUGAGCGCUUCAGAGGAAAUGAUGGCAAUUCUCCAGAACGUCUGGACCAAACUGCAAGGUCUUCCUCAGGCCCACCCGCUCACGCAGACGGCGUUUUUCAUCAUCGCGCUCUUCUUCUUGACAUUUAUUGUUCUGAUCGUGACUGGAUGUGUUUACGGCCGCUGUGGAUGCUGUUCAGCAGGGACCAGAAACAGAGUCUCGGCUGUCUGAAACAUGGGCAAUACAGAGGAAGAUCUGAGCAGACCACAAUGGGCCAAAAUAAACUAGGUGGUGACUCAUAGUUUGGAGUGUGACUGCUGUGAUAUCACACAGUACAGUGGUUAAAUUCAGUGUGUGAAAGUGGCGCACACUGUAAAGCUGUAUGAAAACACAACACUCCUCAGCAAACUCAUGAAGCAAAUCAGAAGAGCUUCAAAUGCAGAAACAAGCAUCUGGAUGAGAUAAACAUUCUCCCUUAAUUAUAAACGCCACAAAUAAACACUAAAUUCCCAACCUCUCUCAUUACAGGAAUGCAACCACUAUGAAACCUGUGCCAAAUACUGCCCUCUGGUGUUUACUGAUGUAACUGCGGUGAUGAAGAAAUGAGAGCUGGAAGGUUUUGUGUUGAUCAAAUGCUGUUCUUUUGAACUUUAUGUUCAUCAAAGAAUCCCAAAACAAAAUGUAUUGAAGUUUCCACAAAAAUAUGUUUUCAGCAUUGACAAUAAUAAUAAAUGGUUCUUCAGCAGCAAAUCAGCAUAUUAGAAUAAUUUCUGAAGGAUCAUGCAACACUGAAGACUGGAGUAAUGAUACUGAAAAUUCAGCUUUAAAUCACAGGAAUAAAGUACAUUUCAAAAUAUAUUCAAACAGAAAAGAAUUAUUUUAAAUUUCAAUAUUAUUUCACCAUUAUUGUUUUUACAGUAUUAUAAUUACAUAAAUUCAGCCUUGGUGAGCAGAAGACUUCUUUUAAUGUAGUGUAAUAUUCAAGAAAAAUGUUACUAAUGUUUGUUUAAUACUACUAUCAUGUAUUAAGAUCAUAUACUAUAUAUAGAGGGAAACUGAGCUGAAUCUUGGUGAAAUAAAAAUGGAAAUAAUCAGAAUACUGUGUAUUUUUAUAUUGUUAAAAAAAAAAUGUAUUUAACGGAUUUGAGAUAAGUAUUCAUGCAUGUUACUUGCUGUUUUUGAACCACCUAUUCUGUUUUAUUAAAGGGGUGCUAUUAUGCUUUUUCACUUUUUGAA